GUUUUUGUAUAUUUUUCUUUAAUUACUUUCAGUUUUCUGUAUGAUAACUGAUAAUAAUUACCACUAGUAUAUAAACAUCUUUAUUGCUUUUAUAAUGUGAGAUCAUUCACCGUAUUUUAGUAUCUCAUAGUGUAAAACCCAUUACUCUGUACUUACCAUGAACACAUGGAAUGAAAAACACAUUAAAAUGUGCCCUUUCUUUAUAUUUAUGCUACUUAUUCAACUAACUACAACACAAUCUGAAGAAACAAUCAUGAAUCCCUAUGCAAAAGAGGUCUCUUUAUUUUCAGCAAAGUUUAUGAACUUUGCAUAUGUUCCUGGAAAGAACCUGGUCUCAUCACCUGUGAUGGUGGAGUUACUGUUAGGGCUGUUAGCCCUCGGUUCUAAAGACCCUUCACAGCUGAUUGAUGUCAUGCACCUUGGAAGUAAUAAAGAUCAGUUAAAAGUAGCAUUUAAAAAAGUAUCAGGUGCUAUGCAGAAUAUCAAAGGUGUAACUUUUUAUGCGGCAAACAAACUGUAUGUGAAGGAGUGUGACAGCGUUGUUAUGCCGGCUUUCAAGAAAGAAGCCGUCCAUGCAUUUUGGGCUGAAGUAGAGAAAGUUGACUUUGAUAUGGGCCCCGUCGCAGCCGACAUUAUCAGCACAUGGGUUGAGAAAAUCACCAAGGGGCUCAUAAAAGAUAUUAUUGACCCUUCUACUAUUGAGAGUAACACACAAGCAGUUAUGGUAAACGGACUAUAUUUUAAGGGUAAAUGGGAGAAAGAGUUUGAUCCAUUAGACACUGAGACACAAACAUUCCAUGUGAGCAGUUCAACUGCGAAAAAUGUACAAAUGAUGUCUCAGGAGGAAACCUUUAAAUAUGGAAAUUGUUCAGCACUGAGUGCACAGCUGCUAGAGCUGAACUAUUCGAAGGGCAAGGCGAGCAUGCUGAUUGUUCUACCCAAAGAGGUCGAAGGGUUGAAGAACGUGCUGAGACUGCUGUCUGACGGGUACGACCUGGUCUCCGAGAGGGGCAAGAUGAAACCCACUAGGGUGCAGGUCCGCAUUCCCAAGUUCGCCAUAGAGAGUGAUCUGGAUCUGUCUGUUCUUCUGCCUAAGAUGGGCGUUAGUUCGAUAUUCUCUUCGUCAGCCGGCAUCACGCAAAUUCUGGGCAAUAAUGAAUCUCUGGAGGUGUCCAAAGGAGUCCAGAAAGCUUUCUUGGAGGUGGACGAAGAGGGAUCGAAGGCUGCGUCUUCAAGCGCUUUCAAAUUAAUAAUGGUAUCCGAAAAUAAUGAUAUGGAGCUAUUCGUAGCCGACCACCCGUUCUUGGCGGUUCUCUUCGUGAAUGAGCUCCCUAUAUUCUGGGCUUGUUUCACAUCGCCAGACAAUACCACCAAACGAUUGGUAUUAAAUAAGGCACCAAUAAGGACCUCACUAGAUAAAUCAGAAAAUUCUCAAGAGAACUCAAAGAGCACUGUUGUCGCCUAUCUGAAUAAUUUAUGUUUACUUUUUAUUUGGAUCUAUUUUAUUAAAUUAUUGUAAAAUUGUU